ACAGAGACACACAGACACAGAGACACAGACACAGCGACAGGAUGUUUGUGUUGGCGCUGCUCUGCUGUUUCUCCUUCAGUCUGCUGCGUCUCUCUUCUUCGUUGGUUCAUGGAAACCUCCAGCUGGACGACGGUGCGCCUGCUGGUCGCCGCGGCAACGGCGCGUACCUGUCAGACCUGGAGAGAAGCCACGCCCCCGACCCGCUGCGUGACUCCGCCCUCCUUCCUGUCGACUCUGCGGAGGAUCGCUUCCUGAUGGACGCAGCCUCAUACGACGAGGACUUGUCUGCGGCGCUGCAGCUGCAGGGUCGGGCGAUGCGUUCUCCUCGCCGCUGCAUCCCCCACCAGCAGUCCUGUCUGGGCUACCCGCUGCCCUGCUGCGACGCCUGCGACACCUGCUACUGCCGCUUCUUCAACGCCAUCUGCUACUGCCGCCGCGUCGGCCACGCCUGCCCGCCCCGACGCACCUGACCCAGAGACGCCGCGCUGGCCACGCCUGACCCAGAAACACAGCGCCGCGACCCAGGGGCGCUGUGAUGCUCUUUCUGUUUCUCGCUGGAUGAAAUGUGCUCUUUGUGUAAUAAACGACUGCUGAGGAAAACACGU